CGAACAUUAAAAUAAGUUGAAAUAUUUUCACCUGUCACUCUAUAAUCAAGGAUGAGCAUUUCUUUAUUUCCACGCAUCAUGUUCUACAUUUUUCUUUAUAAAGUAAAACUAAAUUACAGCAUUCAACAAUGACAGAUUUUAAAGAUAUGCUGGAAAGUUCAGACUAUUGCAACUGGAUGAAAUGUUCAUUUGCGCAACUGAAUGUAAAGGCCGUACUGGCGGAAAUUGUGGAAGAGGACAUUAAGGAUCUACAGAAGCAAUUGCUUCACAAUAUCCAGACAUCCAAAGGUCUUUCAUCCAACACAACUUGCAAUUGUUGUCAGAUUCAAAAUCUUCUCCCAUGUCGUACGCGUAAAUUGUGCAAAUUUAAAAACAGUGCCUGUUUAUUUCAUGAGGACGCUAGUCUUACACCAAGGCGAUGUCCAACAAACGGCUUGUGUGAUGACUUUCGUAUUGGAAUAAUUGACCAUCAUCGUUUUUGUUGGCCGUCCUGGAAAAAUACCGACGCGUCUAAAUGGUGUACAGAUUCGUGGACAAUAGCUAAAUGCUACAUGCCGCCCGACGGUUAUUUAAAUGUAAACAAUGCAGAGGAAACGGACUUUAAUGGCGUACUGAGUGUUAUUAUCAACUGCACUGACUGUCAAAGAAGAUUCAGCGAAGACCUGAAUAAUCCAAUGAAUGUCUGUACCAAGGUUAGAGUUAACAGUCGAGUUGUGAGGCAUUCACCAAACCUAAAGCUAUCGGAUGAUGAACGGGACAGCAUUAUUGACACCCUUGUUGAUCUUCUUAAUGACUCGAGGUUUUUCCGUACUAACCAGCGUUCUGUGGAAUGCAGAGAUAAACUGACCAAGUUAAAAGCAAACGCUCUGAGUGUUUCUACGACCGAUAUAACAAAUGCAUUGGAAGAUGCCGUUCAAAGCGCAAACCAGGCCCUUGGUGAUUUAAAAAAGCCCAACAGUCUCGAUGCAGAAACAGAAACAUCAGUGUCAAACCUGCUCAAUUUGGCCGAUAAUCUGCAAAGUAUAUGCACAUAUGUUACAGCCUGAAAUAGAGAAAAGAAAACGACCAUACAGAAGAGAAUACAUGGAUUCUUUACUUUUGUUGGCUUACAUUCCUUACUUUUAUUACUUAUAUAUUUAGUAUACGCUUGCUAUAUUUUGCCAUAUUGCUUGUCGUAUGUUUUGAAACUUUUAGCUGAUGGUGUAAUUAUGGUGUUAAUGUCUUUGUAUAUGCUGUUUCUUACUUGCCUGUCGUCGAAAGGAUUGUUUGUAUUUCCUCGGUGGAUUCCACCUGAAAUUGAAAUUGAGCUUCGUCAAAUUAAACAUAUUGCGAAAGCAGUUAAGAAACUAAAACACCUGUUGUUGGAAAUCAAACAAAACGGCAAACAACAAAACAUAUUCUGAAACUAAAAUCUCGCUUACAAAAGACCAGUAUUUUUGUAUUUGAACAUCUGACGUUCGGUAAAAUAUUCAUAUGUGAUCGGUAAUUUUUAUACCCGCUAAGGUGGGCAUAUAGUGAUCGCAUGUCCGACUGUCAGUCUGUCUGUCCGUCACACUUUGCGUUUAGGUUUUGAAAAAUGCUCAUAACUUCAGAUGUAACCUUCAUAUUUGGUAUGCAUGUAUAUAUGGACAAGGUCUUUUCAUACGCACACAAAUUUUGAUGGGUGAUAAGUUGGUUCCUUUUUCCUAGUUCCUUAUUCCUUUUUCGAAUAAGGAAUAAGGAACUGUUUCUUUUUCCUUAUUCACGCGUAACAUAUUUGUUAAAGGGUUUAAAAGAACAAUAAUGCAAAC